AUGGCCAGAUUGCCUCCUCAUCUUCGGCUCCUGCUUCUCGCAGGCGUCGUGUCUUCAAAACCAACCCCGGCACUAUUCGCUCGCGAUACUUGCGCAGCAAGCGGCAGAGCAUCUUGUACGUCGCAGGGUCUCUCGGAAGGGUUGUGUUGCCCUACAAGCAGUAACUGCGUCCCUCUGGCAGGGAAUACCACAGUCAUUUGCUGUCCGAGUGAUAGCUCGUGUACCAAGAUCCAACCCAUCACCUGCGACAUAUCCGAACAAGACCCGACAUUACAUCCAGACGCUCCUAUAAAAACCACGGCGCACGGCGCCAAAUUACCGACAUGUGGUAGCAAUUUCUGCUGCCCUUUCGGGUAUACCUGCUCGGCGGAUAGCUCGUCGUGCACCAAGGACUCGGACCAGUCCAAAGCGCCUCCAGGCAUGACUCCAACAUUGACGCCUAUGGCCAAGCCAGAAGCUACAUCACCUUCGACUUCAACAGCGCAAGCAGCCGCGGCCACCUCAACAAGUGCGAGCCAAGAAGACAAUUCAUCUUCUCUCGGGGCCGAGAAGAUAUCCAUCAUUGGAGGGGCGGUUGGCGGUGGUCUCGCGCUUAUUCUCCUGGUAGGAAUAAUAUUCCUCUGCGUACGAAGCCGUUCGAGAAAAUCUCCCAAGUCCCCGCCAUUUAGAGAGAUUUCUCCACCCAUAUUAAAUAACCAAGCCGGCCGUGUAGACUUUAUUCGAAAGGAAGAACACACUCCACCACCACCAAAGGGACCCUCUUUCAUGGACCGCUGCUCUCGGUUUCUAGGCCUACCAGAGCGCCAGACGCAGAACGCACACUCGGGUAUACCUAAUCGAUUUUACUCGCCUAACCCUUCUCUUCAGUCAUCGCGCCUGUCACGAUCAUCCUUGACAUCCGAGGAUGAUCGCAACGCACGAACGGGACAUGUCGGCGCACGUCUGCCACCCAUUCGGCAAAUGAGAGGCACACACACGCAGUCGCGCAGAAUCUCGACACUAGACGCUUAUGAUGAGCCAAGCCGGGAGAGCAUCAAUGUGUUUGCCGACCCCGACACGGUGAGCAACGACGGCCACCGUAAUCACCGUGGCACAACAUUCAGCGACCUGAUGGACCAAGCAGACAUGAGCGGUGUUCAUCGCAACGGGGGGUACGUGCCUGGAAGCCAGAGACUACGAGUUCCCGGAGCGACACCAAACUUGUGA